UUUCAACCAACAUUCCGAGCGUGUGGUGUUGUGUGUGCGAUCGCACGACAACCGCGUGUGUGCAUCCUUUUCUCUUCGCCCACCUUGCUUCACUCGCUGCCUUUCAGCUUCUCCUGUGGAUCCACACCCACUGCGCCCGUCCUUGUUUGCCGCAUCGCUGUUUGAGUCAGCCCCCCCCCCUUGCCACUUUUCCUUCCGCACCUUACCCUCCACGCCCCCAUACUGUUGCGUCGCACCAGCCAAGAUGUCCAUGCUUGAGCGCAAGUCGUCCGAACAGGAGCAGCCAAACAACCAAUGCGAGUUGGCUGUCCCCAUUGGCCCUGAGCCGGAGCACAAGCUGUGCGACACGUGGUGCCUGUACUACGACAACCCCAUGGACCUUCCCCGCAACCCCACAGAUGAGCAGUACAAGCAGAACCUCAAGAAGGUGUAUGUGUUUGACACGCUGGAGCAGUUCUGGCGCCUGUACAACAACAUCAAGGCCGUGGAGGAGAUGAGCGGCUGCAACUUCCACCUCUUCAGGAAUGGCGUGUCGCCGACCUGGGAGGAUCCCUUCAACGAGCGCGGUGGCAAGUGGGUGUGCCAGGUUGGCAUUUCCAACGACCUGUGGAUGCGCACCAUCUUGAGCGUGAUUGGCGGUCUCUUCGGCGAGUAUCAGGACCAUGUGUGCGGCGCUGUGGCCGCUCUCAAGAAGUCCAAGAAGCGCGACCGCCUCAGCCUCUGGCUCAAGGACGUGUCUGACAGAGAGGCCUGCAUGGCGAUUGGCCGCAAGUGGAAGGAUAUUUGCAGGGAGCUGGGCAAGAUUGAGUUCCUUCCUCAUCAGGUCGCACAGAAGGCCAAGUCCAGCUACUUCUCUGAGAGCAAGUACAUGAUCAACUAGGCAGAUUCCACACACACACACCCCUCUCUCUCUCCUCCCUCUCUUCCCACACGUUCUAUGCGCGCUGUGGUGGUGUUCUGUUUUUGGUGUGCGCGCACGCGGUAGCUGUGCGCGCUUUCUUGGUGUACAUGUACAUGGCUUAAUGGAAAUUGCAGCCCUUUGCAAGUCUUUUGAGCCAGUUGCUUGCUUGCUUGGUUCUGUUCCUUUGCCCCUGCCCCCUCUCUCUACUUCUCUUCCUUCCUCUCACCACCCUACGAUUGAGCCAGUGACAUGUUGCUUCCUCGCGCGCUAUGUGCACGUGAUGCCAUAGCAUCCUUCGUGUGUGUUGCUUCUCUGUUUUCCUCCGCCGUGUACGACGCCGGUUAUUCCGAGCUGUCGUUGCGGAGAUGUGCGUUGUGCGUGUAUGUAAUUGUGUGAGUGCGCCCCUCAUUUGCGCGACGGUCGCAUUAAACACCAGACAAGUCGCGCUGUGGCUCUGGAUGCG